UUGGGUGAAAUAGCGGUUAAGCAGGAGCGCGGCUCGGCUCCUCCUCAGACCUAACCUAGCCCUUCCACCGUUUCCCGGCGCUCGCACGCCUGACCUAAUAUUUCUCUUCGGCCGCCGUCUCCCCUUUCUCCGCGCUCAGAUCAGCUACUACUUUGAGGUUCAGGUUUCAUCCCCGGAGCCUCUAGUUAAUAUUGAUCUACAAUAGAGUUUGUGCUUGCACUUAGUUUUGUACCCAUAGAAUAACAUCAUGAUGUUUUCAACGAGAUUAAAAUGUAGGAUACUCAAACGGAGUUCUGUAGGACAAGAAUAUUGGUACUUGCCCAGGCUAAUAAGAAGGGAUCUUUCCCAUAGCUGUUAUGACAGAUGUAACAUUUAUGACUACCCUCCACUACUGAGAGAUUCUCUUGUUAGACGGUUUAGUUCAGCUUCACUUCCUUACACAACUUCACUUUCCUCACAGAGAAGAGAUGUGGGAAUAAGCAAUAGGUCAAGUACCAGCAUGUCAUAUACAUGCUGUAGAUUUUACAGUUCUGAAAGUGAUGGGAAUAAUGCCAGCGGUGGUAAACAUGUGCCAGUUAAAAGUGUCACUGGGUUUGACAAGGAAAAAGUGAGCAAAGAAGAGGCUAUUUCUGAUUCAAAUCACUGUAAUGAACAUGCUUCGCUUGGGGAACAAGACCAGCUUGAUUGGCUUAGCUGUGAGAAGUUGUCAAUUGAUAGUCAAAUAAAAGGAUCCCCUUUGCUAACCAAGCGACAGCGAUUCAAAAAGGAAUUCAUGCGGAGGGUUGUUCCAUGGGAAAAGAUCAGGGUGUCAUGGGAUAAGUUCCCAUACCAUAUUCGGGAGCACACAAAGAAUUUGUUGACUGAAUGCGUUGCUUCUCAUUUGAGACACAAAAACUUUGCAUCAUCUUAUGGUGCUCGGCUGAUCUCUUCGACUGGGAGGAUACUGCUACAGGGUGUACCAGGAACCGAGCUUCUGAGAGAAAGAAUGGUAAGAGCUCUGGCUCGGGAUUUACAGGUCCCACUGCUAGUGCUUGACAGCAAUGUUCUCACUCCAUAUGACUUUGGUCAAGAAAAUGCUUCUGAAAGUGAAACAGAUGAUAGUCAUGUGGAAUCAGGAGAAGAAUGUACAUCUGAGUCUGAUGCUGAAGAUGAAAAUGCUGAAAGCAAUGAAGAAUGGACUAGUAAUAACGAAAACAAGUCAGGGGAAAGUGAUAGUGAUGAUGUGCAAGCUUCUGUUGAGGCACUCAAGAAGCUUGAACCAUGCAGUCUUGAGGAAUUUGCAAAGAGAGUUGCUGGAGAAGUUGAGAAUGCUUCUACAUCAAAAGAUUUAGAUGCUGCUACACCACCUGAGCAAUCAAAAAGGCCACUUAAGAAAGGGGAUCGUGUGAAGUAUGUUGGUGCUUCAGUUCAAAUUGAAGUUGGUAACAGGAUCAUACUGGGGAAGAUACCGACUUCUGAUGGCUCAACAAAUGCCUUUACUUUUCUUAGUGGCAGGCCUCUAUCAUCUGGACAGCGUGGAGAAGUGUUUGAGAUUAAUGGUGACCAAGUGGCUGUUAUUCUUGACAACGCUGAACCAAAUAUUGAUACUUCUGAGGAACCUGAUGCAAAACCAUCUAUUUAUUGGAUUGACAUUCAGGAUCUUGUGCGAGACACAGAUACCCUGGCAGAAGACUGGUACAUAGCAAUGGAGGCACUUUGUGGGAUUUUGCCGUCUCUACAACCAAUUAUUGUUUACUUCUCAGACUGUUCCCAGUGGUUGUCACGGGCUGUUCCUAAGUCAAAUCGAAAAGAGUUUAUCAAGAAGGUGGAAGAAAUGCUUCACCUAGUACCAGGCCCUGUUGUUUUCAUCUGUGGUCAAAGCAUAAUGGAAUCAGGGUCUAAGGAGAAAGAAAAGCUGGCGACAAUGUUGCUCCCUGGUCUUGGUCGCAUUGCUCAGCUGCCCCUUCCAUUGAAGCGAGUAGCUGAGGGAUUGGGAGUCAGCAAGUCAUUGGAAGAAAAAGAAAUAUUCAAACUAUUUACUAAUGCUCUAUAUAUCCAUCCACCUGAGGAUGACGAACAACUUAGAAUAUUUAAUAAGCAGAUUGAAGAAGACCGAAGAAUUAUUUUGUCAAGGAGCAAUCUUAUUGAACUGCACAAGGUGCUAGGAGAGCAUGAAUUAUCAUGCAUGGAUCUUUUGCAUGUCAAGACUGAUGGUGUGCUCCUAACAAAGCAAAAAGCUGAGAAAGUCAUUGGCUGGGCUAAGAAUCACUAUCUAUCCUCGUCUCUUCUUCCCACAGUCAAGGGUGAUAGGUUGAUGAUACCUUCUGAAAGUUUGGACAUUGCAAUUGCAAGAUUAAAGGAUGAGGAGUCAAUUUUCAAAAAGCACUCUCAAAGUCUAGCGAUAAUUACCAAAGAUGAAUUUGAGAAAAAUUUUGUGUCAGCAUUAAUUCCCCCAAAUGAAAUAGGCGUGAAAUUUGAUGAUGUUGGUGCUCUUGAAGAUGUGAAGAGGACGUUGAAUGAACUUGUUUCGCUACCUAUGAGGAGACCUGAACUUUUUUCUCGCGGCAAUCUCUUACGGCCAUGCAAGGGAGUCUUGCUCUUUGGCCCUCCUGGAACAGGCAAAACUCUUCUUGCAAAAGCACUUGCAACUGAGGCUGGGGCAAAUUUUAUCAAUAUAACAAGUUCAUCACUUACAUCAAAGUGGUUUGGUGAUGCAGAGAAGCUUACCAAGGCCCUUUUCUCUUUUGCCAGUCGGUUAGCACCUGUGAUCAUAUUUGUUGAUGAGGUUGAUAGUCUACUUGGAGCUCGAGGUGGUGCUUUUGAGCAUGAAGCAACAAGAAGAAUACGAAAUGAAUUUAUGGCAGCUUGGGAUGGACUAAAGACCAAGGAUAGCCAGAGGAUCCUUGUCCUUGCUGCAACAAAUCGCCCUUUUGAUUUGGAUGAUGCAGUAAUACGCCGACUGCCAAGAAGGAUUUAUGUUGGUCUUCCUGAUUCUGGUAAUAGGAACAAAAUACUUAAGGUACUUCUUGCUCAAGAGAAUCUGGAACUUGACUUCAGAUUUGAUGAACUUGCCAAUGCCACUGAUGGGUAUUCAGGAAGUGAUUUGAAGAAUCUGUGCAUAGCAGCUGCUUAUAGGCCAGUUGAAGAGCUUUUAGAAGCAGAACGGACGAGAGGUAAAGUUACCAUGCCGUCGUUAAGGCCACUACAGUUGGAUGAUUUUAUCAAAGCAAAAUCUAAGGUGUGUGCCUCGGUUGCUUAUGAUGCUACCAGUAUGAAUGAACUAAGGCAAUGGAAUGAUCAAUAUGGCGAAGGUGGGAGCCGGGCAAGAUCACCUUUUGGGUUUGGGAACAUCCGUGGAAGAUAAAAAAAAUGAAAAUCUCCAGAUUUGAGGCUAGCUCCAUACCGUUGAAAAAUGUUUCUGACCUCUUCCAUCUCAAUUUUGGUUUUAUAAUUAUCUUUUAUCUAUUGGUAAUUGGUCAUCCCUGUAAGAUUAAAGCAGUCCAUGUAGACUCCAUUCUUUCUUAGGUAUCGCAAUGCAAUGCAAUGCAAUGCUGGGCAUAGCACAUCUGUAACAGUAUGUAGUUCUCAUUUGAAUGGGUUUCCUUUUCUCCAACAAGCACUGCAGCUCCUUUUUUUUUUCCCUCUCAAAGCAGGUGUCUACUUUAGUCAUGUAUAUAAUAAAGGCUGCUUAUUUCUCUACACUGAUGUCAAGUAACUUGGAUGUCGUAUUGUAUCCGAUGGUAAUAACCUCAUGGAGAAAGAACUUAAUAUCAUUUUGUAUUCUGUUUC